CUUGAUUUAAUUCCGGAAAAUCAAUUCUUUUCCCUUUUUUUUCUUUUCUGGCUUAAAGAUGAACAAAUUUGUUAUAAUAUGAUUGGUGAUCUUAUUUAUAGAUUAUUUAUACAAAGUUACCUUAUUAUACACAGUUACCUUAAUAGUACCUUAAACAGUACCUUAACAGAUAUGUACUUACAAUCAAUCAAAUGUUAUUUACAUAUUUGCCUCAUGAGGGUUAUUAUUUUACUUGUGAGAUCAUAAGGUCGCCAAUUUUUUUUUUUUUUUU